UUAUCUCCUAGGAAGAAGCAGAAAAAAAUAUGGAAAAUAACCCCCAGGAAGUCAAAGGAAGGGAGCAGGCUCCAGUGCAGAAUGAAAAUGCCUGCCCUUUGGGAGGUGGUGAAGGCCAGGAGCCUGGAGGAAAUAUUAGAGGGGAUUGGGCUCCACCUGCCCAGGAUUUUAGAGAGGAUAUGCCCAACAGGCUUGUCAAUAACAUUGACAUGAUAGAUGGAGAUGCAGAUGAUAUGGAACGGUUCAUGGAGGAGAUGAGAGAGCUAAGGAGGAAAAUUAGAGAACUUCAGUUGAGAUACAGUCUGCGCAUUCUUAUAGGCGAUCCCCCGCACCAUGACCAUCAUGAUGAGUUUUGCCUUAUGCCUUGAAUGCUAAGGUUAAUAAUCAUAAAUCUCCUGCCUCCCACAAUUACAUUUUCUUGAUGUACUUAUUGCUGUGAUCCUUUGGUGUUCUGUCAUUUUUCUCAUUGGAGAUUUCAUUUUGACUUAGUCUGUAACUUUUUCUGUCAGCAGGGAAGUUUCAUCAACUUGCAUGGGAAAAUGUUUAAUAAAUAUCGUAAAUAAAACAGUUUAA